GCGACCGACUCUUCGCCCAAAAAUGCCGGGAGCUGCGGGGCUUCAUCCGGCCGCUGGCGGAGCUGCUGGAGGGGCUGAAGCGGGGGCGAUACGACAGAGGGCUGAGCAGCUUCCAGCAGAGCGUGGCCAUGGACCGGAUCCAGCGGAUCAUCGGGGUCCUGCAGAAACCCGAAAUGGGCAGAGCGGCGGCCGCUAUGGCCAACCACCUCCGCUUCGUGGGCCGCACCGUCAUGGUCCAGAACGGCAACGUGGAUGCGGCCUACGGCGCUCUCAACCGGAUCCUCUCGUACGACGGCGUGGUGGAGGCGGUGCGGCGGCGGCGGUACUACGAGAAGCCGUGCCGGCGGCGGCAGCGCCUGGCCUACGAGGCGUGCCGGCGGGUCUACAACGCCGAGAUGGGGCGGAAGAUCAGCUUCCUGGCGCGGAGCAGCCGGGCAGACCCCUGGCUGGGCUGCUAGGGGGGCAGCCGUGCCCCCCCCACCCAAUAAAGGCCCCUCCCCUUGG